GGGCUCGCCUCUCCUUCCCUCCUCGCGGCGGGACGUCAGCCACCACCAGAGCAGAGCACCGCCUCUCCUCCUUCCCCCUCCUCCCCCGCGCGCGGCCAUGGCGCCUCUCUCCACCGCCGUCCGCCUCCUGCGCUCCCCCGCGGCUCCGCCCGCCCGCCUCGCAGGGGCGCCAGCGCGCGUCCGAGGCGGCCGCCGCAGGCUCCGGUCGGUGCGCGCGGAGGCGGCCAAGGAGGCGGAGGUGGGGGAGCUGAGGGCCGGGGUGUCCGUCUACAAGCCGCGCUCCUACGAGGUGCUCGUCUCCGACGCCGCUCGCUCCCUCGCCGCCGCCAUCGACGACGGCAGGACCCGCCUCGAGAUCGAGUUCCCGCCUCUGCCCAGCAGCAUCUCCUCCUACAAGGGGUCUUCGGACGAGUUCAUUGAUGCCAACGUCCAGCUCGCUCUCGCCGUCGUUAGGGACCUCAAAAAGCUCAAGGGGACUCGGUCCUGCAUAGUAAGUUCAGGCUCCACGCUUCACCCUUUGUCCUCCAAGUUUGUUCCACGAGUGCGGAACCAUGCUCACCCGUUCUCUUCUAGUCCAUUCCAGGUGUUUCCUGAUCAACCGGAGAAGCGAAGGGCCUCGCAGAUAUUCAAAACAGCUAUAGAUCAGAUCGAGGGUAUAUCCAUCAGCUCGUUGGACGAUCUGCCCACCGGGCCUGUCGAUACCUUCUUCAAAUCGAUAAGAAGUACCCUUGAUUUCGAUUUUGCUGAUGACAACGAAGAUCAAUGGAAGUCUGACGAACCACCAUCACUAUAUAUCUUUAUCAACAGCAGCACGGGUGACCUUUCAUCUAUAGAGAAGUAUGUGGACCAAUUUGCUGCCUGUGUACCUGCUGUUCUCUUUAACCUUGAACUAGAUACCUUGCGGUAUGUCUUCUGUAUUCUAGUAUUUGAUACUCUGUUCCUUAUAAGCAUUUUGAGUGCCUUAAGCGAUAACAUACGAACUUUAACCUGCAGUUCUGACCUGGGGCUUCUGGGAUUCCCCCCAAAAGAUUUGCAUUACCGGUUUCUUUCUCAGUUUACCCCAGUAUUUUAUAUCAGACAGCGUGACUACUCGAAGACAAUUGCGGUCACUCCAUACAUAGUGAACUACAGUGGCGCUGUCUUCCGUCAGUACCCAGGGCCCUGGCAAGUCAUGCUUAAGCAGGGUGAUGGUUCCUAUGCAUGUGUUGCAGAGAGUGCAUCUCGGUUCACUUUGGGGCAGGCCAAGGAUGAACUAUUGAGAGUUCUCGGUUUGCAAGAAGAGGUAGGCAGCCAGCUUGAAUUCCUCAGAAGAGGAUACAAGAAUGCCACUUGGUGGGAAGAGAAUUUCGAUCAGGAGAAAUCGCCCGCGUGGCGAACUUGAGACGCCAGUCUGACUGGCAAAUGGAGACACAUAGGCCAAACCGCCAAAGCAUGUUCAUAUAGUCCCUUGAAAACAGAGUGUUCAUGCAUCCUGAGCUGAUGAUGCAACUGAAAUUACAGAAAGAAGCGCACACACCAAUGUCAUAGUCAUGCAGUGUGGGCAUUGCCUGUGCUGCAACUGCGCCAUCUGAUAUAGUUCUGAGGGGAAAUUCUCCUCAGCAUUUUUGGUGAUUAUGUGCUGAGUACAAGUGUAAUGCAUGCGACUCUAAUAUUGCAGUGUAUCUGGCAACUUACAAGCAGCUGUUGAUGAAAAAAUGCAUUUUGAUUUCUUAA